AUGCCUCAAGGGCUAGUGGUUGAUGGAGGUGGAGAAAGGAAAGGAAUUCCUGGAAUUGUAGUUGGAAUUGUGGUUGGAAUGUUUGUGGGAAUUGUAGUUGGAAUUGAGGGAAGUCCUGUUGUAGCAGGUAAUGGAGGUAACGUCACCUUUGGUAGUGUUGUGGGCAGUGUGGGGAGUACUGUUGGAACAUUUGGCAAAGUAGGGAACUGGGUGUUUGGCAAAGGUGGCAAUGCUGUGGGCUUUGGCAGAGUUGGGGCAGUUGGCAAUGUUGGCAUGGUAGUUGGCAAUGGUGGCAAUGUUGCUUUGGGCAGCGUUGGCAUUGCGGGCAACGGAGGAAUUGCAACUGGAUUCGGAAGAGAAGGAAUUGUGGGCAGCGUUGGCGCUGGUGGGGGUGUCGCAGCUGGUUCGGGGGUGUCGAGAAGGUGA